AUGCUUUCCGGAGAGUUACAUAAACAUCUGGAGACCUUUCGACGAGUUUACGGGUGGACAACUGCGUGUUCCACGGAUGUCACGGAGACAAGUGGAAAAACGCAUGCACAAACUUGGUGCUGCCCCUCUGGCUGGGGCUGUCUCAGUGCUUCGAAUGGUGGUAUCCCUCACCGGGAAUGUACAAGCCUCCUGAGUACUCCGACUGAAGUGUGGAUCAACAACGUUGUAACUACGAGAGAAAGUGAAAGCACCAUUACGACAUCUUGGACGAAAGUCUUUCUCUCAAACCUGCCUAGAGGGGGCCCAAUCAUUAUCAAUCAUCCUGUUUUUCCACUUUACGGCAAAGUUCCGCCUCGUCAGGUUGAAGGUGCCAGAGAGACCUCGUUAUCUGGAGGGGCAAUUGCUGGUAUUGUAGUUGGAAUCGUGGUUAUACUCAUGGCUCUCAUUGGUUGUAGUUGGUCUAUAUGUCUUAAGAAGAGAAAGCAAGAACGGGGAACCCGGCUGCUACAAAGAGACACUGCCGUUGGGAGGGGAGAGCACUCUUUUGCCUCGAACGGCUACCCCAAAACAUUACAUAGUUGGAACGCGACGCUGCAAACUUGUAUGUGCUUUGAUGACCAGUUAUGCCAAAGUUGGAUUGAAAUCACGCCUACAGCACGCAUGGAAUCGGACAACAGCGUGACCAAUACCGUCCACAAAUCAUUGAAAGCUUAUCGACAAAGAAGCCAUUUGUUCAAAGUUGAGCAAACAUCGCCGGGUUCCCUGAUCAGAAGAAGACGCAUGCUUCAUUUGACAAUCUUCAUCCCAUGUAGCGAGCGGAGCUAUGCCUACCUACCUUACCUAGUAUUCAACACGCCUACUGUUCAAAAAGCAAAAACAGAGCCACACCGCCCAAGAGUGAAUAGCCACGAAAGUGUUACUGAUCAGAUUUAA